CUUGUCCGGGCCCUUAUACAUAAACGGCAGAAGGACUAUUUUUCUCCUCCAAACCGAAGCAGAGCGGCAAAGAGGGCUGUUCGCUUUGCGACGUUCACCCUGCAUUUUUCUCACAGCCAGCAGAAAAACGACAACGCAAUGGCGUCGUCUUCUUCUUCUUCGUCAUCAGCCUACGACAUACCAUGGGUGGAGAAGUAUAGGCCCAGCAAUGUCGCCGACAUUGUGGGCAACGAAGACGCCGUGUCUAGGCUCCAGGUCAUCGCCCGCGACGGCAACAUGCCCAACCUCAUCUUGGACGGUCCUCCUGGAACUGGUAAGACCACUAGUAUACUCGCUCUUGCGCAUGAGCUCUUGGGACCAAAUUAUAAGGAGGCUGUUUUAGAGCUGAAUGCAUCAGACGACAGGGGAAUAGAUGUUGUGAGGAACAAAAUUAAAAUGUUUGCUCAAAAGAAAGUCACAUUGCCUCCUGGGCGGCAUAAAGUUGUCAUCUUGGAUGAAGCUGACAGUAUGACAUCUGGAGCACAACAAGCUUUGAGGCGGACAAUGGAAAUAUAUUCAAAUUCCACUCGUUUUGCUCUUGCGUGCAAUGUAUCUUCCAAAAUUAUUGAGCCUAUUCAGAGUAGAUGUGCCCUUGUCCGAUUUUCUAGAUUAUCCGAUCAGGAGAUACUUGGUCGCCUAAUGAUAGUGGUUCAAGCUGAAAAGGUUCCCUAUGUUCCAGAAGGUCUUGAAGCCAUUAUUUUCACUGCUGAUGGUGAUAUGAGGCAGGCACUGAAUAACCUGCAAGCUACAAACAGUGGAUUCCGGUUUGUCAACCAAGAAAAUGUUUUCAAGGUCUGUGACCAGCCUCAUCCAUUGCAUGUAAAGAAUAUGGUGUGCAAUGUGCUUGAAGGGAAAUUUGAUGAUGCUUGUUCAGGUCUCAAGCAGCUCUAUGAUUUGGGCUACUCCCCAACUGACAUAAUCACUACCUUUUUCCGUAUCAUAAAGAAUUAUGAUAUGGCUGAGUAUUUGAAAUUGGAAUUCAUGAAGGAAACAGGUUUUGCUCACAUGAGAAUCUGUGAUGGAGUUGGCUCCUACCUUCAGCUGUGUGGUCUUCUGGCUAAGCUUUCCCUAAUUCGUGAGACGGCUAAAGCGACAUAAAAUGUUUUAACUACCGCUAGAUAUGUGAUGUUUUAUGGUGAAUAUCCUGUUGUACUGCACUUCAUCCUUUGUUUUGUCAGGAGAAAUGGAUGGUCACUUUUAAGUGCAAGUUAUUUGUGUUGUCUAAGCUCUCCAAAUGGUUCUCUGUUGUAAUUUUUAAUUUUUUAAUUUUUUGAUUUUUAA